AUGAAGACGAUAAAGGACGAAUUGUUUAAAUGGGUUUGCAAGAAGUACGCGAUGAACAGUUCCUUCGACAAACAUUCGCUGCGGGAAGAGGCUCUCAGGCUGAUGAAGAUACGGGGUACGAACGGUGUCAAGUGCACGGAUAGAUGGUUGAAUAAUAUUUUGAAGGAGUACGGUCUGAGAUCCACGAAUUCGACGAGUCAGCCUGGUCCGAUGUUCAAAGACUAUCGCGAAUGGAUCGAGCUGAUGAGGUCCACGAUAAUCGCGUACAGGUACAAGGAUCUGUUCCACGUGGACGAGCUGACCAUGUACUCGGACGGUUUUCCUUCGAGGAUCUUGUCGAACAAAGGUUCAGAGAAAAGCGAAUCGCCGAAGAACCGUAUAACGAUUUUGAUGAGCUGCAAUUCUUCGGGAACGAUGAAAUUGCCGUUGUUGAUCUGCGGACCGUAUCCGUGUAACGCAACGGUGAAAGAUCAUGUUUAUUGUCAGAGCAAAGAUUCUCACAUCGGGGACAAACUGUUCAGGAAUUGGCUGUUGAGCGUGAACGAUCGUAUGACGAAGUGUAAUCGAAAGAUCUUGUUAUUUCUACGUCAGAACAGAGCGCGUGCGUUAAAGGAUUUCGUGCCGAGCAAUAUACAGCUCCUUUACUUUCCCGAGGAUUUCCCGCCGCUUUUACGACCGUUGCGGAGAGACGUAUUUCAUUACAUCAAGAUGGUUUUCAGACGAAGGUACACAGAACGAUUGAAGCAAUGCACAGUGGACUGGAAUCUUCACGACAUCUUGACAUCCUUGAUCGAGGCAUGGGAGACGACACCGAGGGAGCUCGUUAUCUUCAGUUUCCAAAGAACGCAUUUUAGGACCGAUGACUGCUUCCUACAAAUCCAUUGCGAUUUUUGGGACAGCUUAAAAGCCGACAUCUCGUUCAAGAGCUUCGUCACCUUCGACGACGAUCUAUCGGACGAACAAGUACCACGCAAAAGGAACAAUGGAUACAACGAUUAUAAGCACUCAGAUUUGGGAAGCAGAAAUGUUAUACAGAUUAACGAGGAUACCUUGGAUUCUGUGUUGGAAGAUCCGAAAAAUAUAGAAGGAACGACGGUUCGAGAGGAAUCUUGUGAAUCCGUUCGAAAUUGUCGAAAGACAGAUCUGAAAGUAAGAAAUCGUACACAUCGGAAACAUCCUGUCGUAACGAGCCAUGAGAAAACGUGGAACGAUAACGCAAGACGUUGCCGGUUGAAAGAAAACCUAACAGGAGUGCGCGGUAAGCAGAGAAAAUCCCAAAAGAGAACUUACAGCGAAACUCAAUUUUCUGAAAUGAAGGGACAGAAUGACAAUCGAUGUACGUCUGGACAGAGAAACGUUAAAAAAACCUUUGUACCAGAAGAUUUUGACGUCAACGUUCAGACAUUCGAAAAUAUUUCAAUUUCUGAAAGGCAUCGAUCAGAAAUGAACGAGAUUCGAGAGUGCCUCCGAACAACCAUAGACAAAGCUUUAACUACGUCGUCGACUUCGUUAGCUAAUUGCACUAAGAACCUAUUGGAUAGUACUCAUGCGGCGAAACACGAAAUUACAAAGAACACUGGUAAUCUGAUACAGUUUGAACUUCUAAACGAACGAGGUGAUACAAAAUCAAAGUGCACGAUUCGAGAAACAAUGCAAAUUGAAUGCACGGAUAAAAUUAUAACAAAUUUACCAAACUGCUUCUUGAACAAAUUUAAUCAACCGUCUACUUCUACGAAUAAUUGCAGCAUUUUACCCAAAGGAAUUGUACAAGGUGUUCCUAAGGAAACGAUUGAAAAUCAUCCUUUCGAAAUAUCGUCUUCUAAUUCAUUUGAACUACACGAGCAAAAUCUUGAUAACAGUCAGAAUUUAAAUCAGAUCAUAAAUCUAAACAACGGAAACAGCUUGCCUUCCGCUUAUUGGGAAAUAAUGAAUUUUUCGAAACAGAAACGACAAAAAUCUUUGGAUGAUCCUAAAGAUAACUCCCAAACUAGUGAAACAAGAGAAAAUAUAUUAAAACCGAAUAAUGACUGGUCCAAACAGUUCGAAACCACUUUUGUUUUUGGUUCCCCCGAUACGAAUUGUUCUUCAGAUAUACAGCACGACGAAAGUAACAUUGAAUCGCGUAUUUUUAACGUAAGAUCAUCUAUUUCUCCGAAGGAUUAA